CCGAGUAGGACAACUGUCAAAAUUUUCUUACCGUCUUUUAUUCGCGAAGGUAGCGUUCUUUAAAAAUUGCAGCGAAUGAAAUAUAUUGAAAACGGCCCUCUCACGUUCUAUGAUAUAAGUAAUCGACAGCGGUUAAUAAUAUUCUUAGUUCAGCAGUUUUAAUCUGUCUGGUUUACACGCCGUGAUAAAAAGUGAAAACAGCACGGUCUGGAACUGCUCUGCUAGAUAAUAGUGCAGUGAUAAAACGGUCAAAGGUUACCGGGGAUUAUGGAAAAUACCGGUCAAAGUGAAACUAUCAACGAUAGUUUAACCACAGCUAGCUUAUCCAAGCGGCUUAGUUUCGACUUUUUGAAUGCUUCCUUUGAAUUGAAUCGUAAAAAACGUAAACUGUACGAUAUGAAUGAUAUCUCCAGUGACGGGAACAACACAACAAUGGAAGAGCGAAACGUUUCGCAGGACGCGUCGGUCAGUUCAAAUACGAUGCAGAGUCCUUGGGAGACUCGCCGGAUGAAGGCGGAUCUCAUAGAGGCGCGAUCAAGGAUUACCAUGUUGAAGAAGGAAAUCGAACAUCAGAAUACAGAGAUGGCAACAACGCAACUUAAAAAUCAACAUAAGAUUUCGUCCUUGGAUAAGGAGCUAAAAUUCAACGUUAAGAAAGUGUCUGAUUUGGAAAAACAUCUAUCUGCUCUGCGCAAGCGAGAAAAAACAGCCCAAGAAGAGCUGGUUAAAUAUAAAAAUCAAUACAAUAUCUUAAAACAGACUUCCGGUGAUCAACUGUACGAGCUGCGAUGUACGCUCAAAGAUCUGGAACAACAGUAUACAAUAGAGAAAAGUGAACUGCAUUCCGAAGUACGUGAUUUGAACAGCCAGCUAGUAGAGACGGAGGAUCAGCUUUCGUUAACCCAGGAGGAGCUAGACACAUAUAAAGAAAUAAAUGAAACGCUUCAGUCCAAGGCGGACUCGUACGUAGCUACUAAAAAAGAGCUGGAGCAAACGAAAGACAAACUCGCGGAAGCGGAAUCUAGAAUUAAAUCGCUAGAGUAUGAAGUUGGCAGUUACGAGGAUUGGAAAAAUUUGUCGAAAUUGUCUACUUCGCGACUAGCAAAUUAUGCGGAACUAGAAAAAGAAGCCACGCGCCUGAAGGGAGAAUCAAAGAAUCUUCACGAUGUGAUCGGUAAUAAAAUGCUGCUGGAGGAACAAGUCGCUAGUUUGAAGACACGGCUGGAGAACUUCGAGAAAAACGAAAUCGAUGCGGUGGCGCUUAGUGUCAAAGUUAAGGAUUUCGAGAAGGAGCUGUCGGACUGGCGAAAACUAGCCGUUGAUUUUUGUCCGAAAAAUUCCGCUUGCAAUCCGGUGGCUAUGCGGUCGCAAAUCGAGCGUAUCUUGCAGAACGAUCUGAUUUUGACCAGCGAGAAAAGCUCGGUGAAAAAUGAGAAAAGUCAAAUUCAGACGAUCAUCGACGAGACUCGUGCGGAAAACGAACAGUUGCAGAAGCAGCUGGAAGACCAUAAGCGGGCGUUGAAAAAUCAUCAGGUUAUGCUGCAUCGGGUGCAGAAGAAGCUGAACCUGGUGGCAGGUGAGAGGGACUGUUGGAAGCAACUUCUCGAUAGCUACGAGAAAGAUUUGACGAUUAAUCCAUCUACCAUGAAUAGCCAGGAAGCUCAGAUGCGCACCCGUAUGGAGAUGGCCGAGAAGCAAUUGGCUGGGUAUCGAGAAUUGAAUACCAAACUGGAGAGUGAAUUACAAGCUGCAAAAUCUCUGCCUGAUAGUGGUAUGGAAUCAGCGCUUACUAGCGAGCAGUAUGAAAAACUGCGACGAGAAAUCGAUACGCUUCGUUUGGAAAAUGAACGUUUGAAGAAGCGAAAAGAUGAACUGGAGCUUGAGUUGGAAAAUUCCACGUUACGUGCAGAAAUUAACCGGGAUCGGUACAAGGUGGUCCGAUUUGAGGAAAGUCCAGCUAAUGAGGCAUACGAAGCACACAAAAAUGAAAUUGAGAAGCUGCAAGCGGAAAUUGAACGAUUGAAGAUCCGCAACCGUAAGCUGGAGGAGGGUAAUGACGAGCUGACGAUGAGACUAAAUGACAGCAACAUGACGAUGAACGUGAAGGAUUUGAAUAAUCUUAAGGCCCAGGUACAGUCACUGGAGGCGAAAAAUCAGCAUAUCAAGGAGAUUUACAAAGCGGCAAGCAAUGAGUUCCGCGAGGUGUGUUACAUGCUGUUCGGCUGGAGAGUGGACCGUGUGGGCAACACGAACUAUCGCAUCUCGAGCAUGUACGCCGAGAGCGAAGAAGAGUAUCUGAACUUCCGACUGAACGAGUCGGGCACGGUUCUGAACAUGCUGGAGACGGCGUACAGCGAAUCGAUUACCGAUAUGGUUUCCACCCAUCUGGGUACGCACGGUUCGCUACCGGCCUUUCUGAGCAAUCUCACGCUAGAUUUGUUUAAUCGAACUACGGUCAUGGUGCAGGGUUAGGAACGACAACCGAGCUCCUGUUUAGUAAGUAAGAUUAUUGAUAACCCUUACCGCUCUUCGAUAUAGAUAUUAUUUGAUUGCGUAUACAUGCAAGAAGUCAGUGAAAUUUCCACUGCUGAUAUGAGCACCCUAAAAUAGGCAUUUCCGUCUAAUACAUAGAUUGCACUGGAAAGUCAAUUCAA